AUGAGGAUGAGAGAGAGAAAGAGAAGAGACAAAGUCAAUCCAAAAAGCUCUCAAAGGAAAUUAAAUUGGAUUCCAUCUUUUCGUACCUAUGAUGACUUCAACCAAAUGAUGCUACAGUUAUUAGAUGCCUUUAUGAUUACACUGAGCGCAGAUGGAGUGAUCAUUCAUGUGGCUGAAAACAUCUCUUCUCUUCUUGGACAUUUACCAGCUGAGAUUGUGGGCAAAAAAUUAUUAAGCCUUCUGCCUGAUGAAGAGAAAGAUGAAGUCUACCAAAAGAUUAUUCUCAGAUUUCCUUUGUUAAUCUCCGAAACACAUAUUGAAUUUUGCUGUCAUUUAAAAAGAGGAAAUGUUGAACAUGGUGAUAGUUCUGCUUACGAAUACGUGAAAUUUAUUGUGAAUGUAAGAGAUAUUUGUAAUGAGUCUACUGUGGUCUUUAGUGGCUUAUUUUCCAACCACCUCCGUGCUGACUUGUCUGCUGCAUGUAUUCCUCAGGAGGAUCGGUUUUACCUUGUGGGAAAUGUUUGCAUCCUCAGGACUCAGCUCCUGCGGCAACUUUACACUUCAAAGGCAGUCAGUGAUGAAGCUGAACUUAUACAAGAUUCACAUGAGGAACCUUUUGUGGGAGAGCUCAGUAGCUCUCAAGGUCAAAGAGGACAUACUAGCAUGGAAGUCGUGUAUGUUGAACCUGCUGCUGCUACCUCUGCUGCCGCUGCUGCUGCUAUCUCAGACGACCAAAUUGAUAUUGCAGAGGUUGAGCAGUAUGGACCACAAGAAAAUGUUCAUGUAAUGUUUGUAGAUUCUGAUUCAACUUAUUGCUCCAGCACAGUUUCCCUGUAUACUAUUCCUGAAUCUCCAGCCUUAUCCUUGCAGGACUUUCAAGUUGAGCCUGAGGUGAAUCCAUUGUACAGGGCAGACCCAGUGGACCUGGAGUUCUCAGUGGACCAGGAGGGCCCAAUGGACCAGCAGGACCCAGAGAACCCAGUGGACCUGUUAGACCAGGCAGGCCUGAUGGAUCCAGAGGACUCAGUGGACCUGGGGGCUGCUGGCGCAAGUGCUCAGGUACCUCUGAAACCAUCAUCACCAGUUGCCUACAACAUCAUUAGCCGGGAACUGGAACUGAUGAAGGAGUUGAAGGAGCAGCUAGAAGAGAGGACUCAGUUGCUCCAUGAUGCCAUCCAAAACCAACAGAAUGCAUUGGAAUUGAUGAUGGAUCAGCUUCAGAAGCAGCCAAGCACAUUAUGCCACAUUGUCAGUCCUGAUCUCCAAUCUUCAGAGGCAGUGCCCAAGAAACAACACACUGGGCAAGUGAAGUGGCCUCUCUCACAUCCCAAGGAGGUCAAGUGUUUCUGUGGUUUAUCUUUAUCCAAGUGUCUCAAAAACACUGGGGAACUUCAGGAGCCUUGUGUUGCCUUCAACCAGCAGCAACUGACGCAGCAAGAACAACACCUGAAGGAGCAGCAGCGGCAGCUACGAAAACAGCUGCAACAGCUGAGGGAGCAAAGGAAGGUGCAGAAGCAGAAGAAGAUGCAGGAGAAGAAGAUGCAGGAGAAGAAGAAGCUGCAGGAGCGGAAGAAGUGGCAGGGGCAGAUGCUGCAGAAAGAGCCAAAGGAGAAGCAGCAGAGUCAGCAGUUGCAAGAGCAGCCACUGAAGCAUAAUGUCAUCGUGGGGAAUCAGAGGGUGCAGAUAUGCCUGCAAAACCCAAGUGGCGUAUCUGUGCCCCUUUGCAAUAACCCUGUUAGACUUUUACAGACCCAACCCAUUGUUCCUAUCCAGAUAGUAGCUGAACAACAGUCCUCUGGCUUCUAUCAAGAUGAAAACUGGGGGCAACAGGAAGAUGAGAGUCAAAGUUUUUAUCCUGAGGCGUAUCAAGGGCCCCCCAUGAACCAGCUGCCAUGGAUAGAUACCUCAAACUCUAAGACAAUUUCUUCUUCCAGCAUUCCUCAGCCUCCCAUAACUUCAGACUCAACCAUAAGCACCCUGGAGACCCCAGAGGAUUACAUCCAGCUUUGGCAACAGCUGUCUGAUCCACUCCGUCCUGCUGUUGUCCAAGUGAAUACUUGGACUUGCGAUGAGCAGGGCAUCUUGCACAGACAACCCCCCUACCAUCAGGUGCAAGUUUCUGAGGUAGGAGUCGAGGGGCCUCCUGGUCCAUAG